AUGGAACUCGAGCUCGAAGAGGCCUCCGCCGAGAUCGUGGCGAAUCGCACUUCGGCUCCGAGGGCUCAACAUGAAUUAGCACAUCUGCGUAGCUGGCUUCGAGGCCGGCCAGAGUUCGAUCCCUCAGUGCCUAUCGAAUUCCAGAAGACUUUGGGCGCAAAGUGGGCAAAAGAGUUCUGUGAACAGGAGCAUGCAAAAGGCACACCUUCAGCGGAAUGGCUCUCCAGCUGGACCAGUCUGAGGAGACGUUUAGGGGAACCUUCUGAGGACAUCGCCGGCAAGACACACAAGGUGGCGAACGCUCUGCUCAAGGACCAGGGCCUCCUGCGAUCCAAUCCGGACAGCGACGAUGACGAUGACGAGAACGCAGACGACGAAGCUGACGGCGACGACCACAUGGACAACAACAGCUUGCGCAGUCACCUCGAGGAGGUCCCAACUGGAACCAAGUUUGUGCCCUCACCGCCCUUCAAAGGCGCAGAAGACGUCAGAGAGUUCAUGUCCGGUGCGGAGGUGAAGGUGUAUGAGCAGGAGCUGGUAAACAGGGCACCUGUGGACUUGGGAGGCCGGAGCGGAACAUUUAUGACCGUUACGAUCUCCACACGCUGA